AUGUCAGAGGACAACAAGAAGACCAAUGAAGAUGUGAAGAAACAAACUACAACCACGUCAAAAUUUGCAAUACCCACUACGCAAAGAAGAGGAAUUGAUGCAAUUCAUGUAAAUUCAGCAAGACAAAUGGUCCAACUACAUACACAAGGUAGAAAUCCACAAUCACAACCACAACCAAAACAAAAACUACCUACAGCUUCCACCCCAAAAUUUGCAUCCAUAUCAUCAUCAUUUUCUCAAAAGAUAAGUAUACCGAAUCAUAAACAAGAUGAAUGUAAAAAUCCUCAAUGUGAUCAUUGUGGUAAAAUUAUAAUACCAUCUCCACAACUGUCUUUUCCUAUACAAGAUAUUCCAAGUAUAAAAGUAGGAGAUUGGGAAAUAUAUACAAUCAAAAAACCAAUAUUAAAUUCAGUAGAAUUGGAUAAUUUAGCAGAUACAAAAUUUGAAUUCCCCUUACCAGAAAUGAUAUUUGGUAAUAAUUUAGUUAAAAUUAAAAAUGUUUCAUCAUUACAAGAUCAAAAAGAAAUAUGGUUUAAUGCUAUAGAUGCAUUAGAUACUUUAGAUGAAGAUGUACAUUUAAAAGUAAGUUAUCAUGAAGAAUGGUUAAAAUCUAGACAAUUACAACAAAAGAAAAAAUUAGAAAGAGGUAAAGAUUUUGGAAUAGAUGAAGAUAUAAAAGAAAAAGUAUCUGAUUUGACUGAAGAAGUUGGGAUAAAACCUUAUGAUUGGACUUAUUCUACUAAUUAUAUUGGUAAAGUUUCAGGGUUUAUAUUCAAAGAUUGUACAGAUUCCAAUUUAGAAAUCCCCAUUGAGAAAUUAACUAAACCAGAUCCCAUAUUAUUUUUUGAUGAAAUGAUAUUAUUCGAAGAUGAAUUAGCAGAUAAUGGAAUAAGUAUGUUAUCUAUAAAAAUAAGAGUAAUGCCCACAUGUUUAUUAUUAUUACUGAGAUUUUUUUUAAGAAUUGAUAAUGUUAUAUUUAGAAUUAGAGAUUGUCGAAUAUUUAUAGAUUUUGAUACAAAUGAAGUAUUAAGAGAAUAUAAAUUACAAGAAUAUGAUUAUGAUAAACUUUUAAAAAAAAGUAUUAGUAGUGGUGGAAAUAAUGGUGAUCCUAAAAAAAAUUUGAGAGAUCAAAAUUGGGUUAGUUUAAAUAUACCUACUAUUAAACGAACAAUAGAACAAUGUAUAGUUGAAUAA